AUGCGAUGGCGCUGCUCGAGCUUGGAGCAAUCCGGCAUAAUCUCGGCACUCAAGGUAUGCGUGAGCUAUGGGGAUAUAUGGCGCGGCAGGGAAAUCCAUUGGGAAGUGAUCACCAAUGCGCGGCAUUUGCUCGAUAUCAGGGUCGCCAACACGCUCAUCAGCAUGUACGCCAGAUGCGGCAGCGUCGCGGACGCUCGCGCGGUGUUCGAGCGAUUGCCGUGCCAUCACGUCGUUUCUUGGACGAAUUUGAUCCUGGGAUACGCGGGAAACGGGGAAGAAGCUCUGGCGCUGGAAAUCUUUCGCAGCAUGGAGAAGAGAGGGGUUCAUCCGGAGGCUAGAACUUUUGUGGCUGCGUUGGCAGCUUGUUCUGGUCUUGCUGUGAAGGAGGAAGGGAUUUUAGUCGGGGAAAAGCUUGUGAAGCUCGCGAGCUUGGAGCAGGGAAUGGAUCUACACUCAGUGGCUUGCAAAAGGAUGUUUGACGAGGACAUCUUCGUGAGGAACACACUGAUCGGGAUGUAUGCCAAGUGUGGAAGCUUGGUCGACGCGAAGAUGGUUUUCAGUCGCAUGGAAGCACACAGCGCUGUUUCCUGGAACGCUUUGAUACUUGGCUACCUCGACAAUGGCGAAGCUGGGCUUGCGCUUGAGCUCUUUGCUCAGAUGAAAGAAGAAGGGUGUGUUCCAGACGCGAGAACUUUUGCUGCGGUUCUCAUGGCCUGUUCAUCGUUGGGCUCUGAGAAGAACUUGGAAGAGGUGAUGAGCAUCCACUCGCUAGCAGCUUCGACGGCCGGAGGAAUAGAUAUGUACGUGGACAAUGCGCUGGUUGGAGCCUAUGCCAAGUGUGGGAGCAUGGGAAAUGCUCGCGAGGUCUUCCAGAGAAUGCCGUGCCACAACGUUGUUUCAUGGACAACUAUGAUCCAGGCGGAGGCCGAGAGUGGCAGCUCCGAGGCGGCUCUGCGAACUUUCGAAGCCAUGAAGAUCGAAGGCUAUGCUCCAAAUGCCCGGACUUUCCUGGCGGUGUUGAUGGCCUGUGCCAAACUCGUAGCGACGGAAGAAGUGAUCGUGAUCGACGAGAAGCCUCUCAAGAACAAGUGCUUGGAGAAGACAAAGGACGUUCACUUUUACGCCAUGGAGUCACGCUGUGUGGACAUCUUCGUGGCAAACUCGCUAGUCGACGUCUACGCGAGUUGUGGAAGCAUGGGAGACGCUCGAGCGGUGUUCGAGCGAAUGCCUUGCCACAGCGUGGUCUCGUGGAACAUCCUGAUACAAGGCUACGCCGAAGCACACGGCUGCGAGGGCGAGGCUCUACUCCUCUUCGAAAGGGUGCCAAGUCCAGACUCGAGAACUUUUGUGGCGGUGCUCACGGCCUGUGCUGCUCAAGCCGAGAAAGAAGUUCCGGAGAUAGAAGGCGAGGUGAUUAAGCCGAGAAGCUUGAAGAAUGGACAAGAGAUCCAUUCCCGAGCUGCGAAGCUAAGCAUGGACACAGAACUCCACGUCGAGAACAGCUUGGUCGACAUGUACUCGAGGUGUGGCAGCAUGUCCGACGCUUGGAAAGUGUUCGAGCUCAUGAGCCAUCGCAACGUUACGUCGUGGACGGCAUUGAUCCAGGGCUACGUCCAAGCCAACCAAGCUCGUCUCGCUCUCGAGCUCUUCCAGGAGAUGACGAUUACGUGCCAGCCGAACUCUCGGACUUUCCUCGCGGCUCUGGCGGCGUGCGGAGAGCUCGCUUGGCUGCCGAGUGCUCGCUUCAUCCACGCCGAGAUUUGCAAGCGCGGGCUACUCGACACGGACGCUCCACACUUUGUGGAGGCGAGCUUGGUGGACGCCUACGGCAAGUGUGGCAGCAUGGUGGACGCGGAGAUGGUGUUCGAUGCGAUGCAAACGCCGACGACUGUUUCGUGGGGGGCUCUCAUGGCUGGCUUCAGUCGCUCCUGCGAUCACGGCAAGCUCCGGGUCUUCGGCCUGCUCGAGAGGAUGGAACGCGAGGGUGGUGCUCCGAAUGAAGUGAUCUUCCUGGCGGUGCUCACGGCUUGUAGCCACUUGGGACUGAUCGAUCGAGGGAGGCAGUGCUUCGAGGCGAUGGUGGCAGAGCAUGGGAUCCAGGCGGGGAUCAAGCACUACCAGUGCGUGGUGGACAUGCUCGGGAGGAGCAACCGAGUGGAGGAGGCCGUGGAGCUGCUGGAGCGAAUGCCGGUUCCUCCGGAUGGGAUCACUGGGAAGACAAUGCUGGCAGCCGUGUCAAAGUGGCUGGAUCAGUCCCAGGAGGAGGAAAUCUACGCGAAUGCAAACAUGAACUAG